GUACAUACCGUUGACCCAAUUUGGGUCACCCAAAAAUAGAAAAUUAUAAACAGAGUACCGUUCAUCUUUCCUUUCUUCAACACGAUAGAAAAUAACGUAACAAUUCCAUUAAUCAGCUUGUCUUCUUUGAUCUUACUGGAAGCAGAAAGCUAAACUAUGAGUUCCGAGAAUGUCGAUAUGCUUAGCAGGUUACCCGAAGAGAUUGUUUCACACAUACUCUCUCUAAUGCCUACGAAACAUGCUGUGAGAACUAGCAUCUUAUCGAAAAGAUGGAGGUAUAGUUGGAUGUUUGUCACCAACCUGUACUUUACAGAAAACAUUCGCCACAGCCAUGGUUUAGAUAGCUUCUCAGAAUUUGUUGAUCAAGUGCUAAAGUUUUGUAAAUCACCGCAACUUAAUUUAUUUCGAAUGCACUUGGUUACAUUGUGUUGGCUUCAAAGGCCAAGUGUAUCAAAAUGGAUUGACAAGGCGAUCAGGUUAAACGUUCAUGAGCUUGACAUACAGGUUAACGUGCUUGAGUUGCCUUUAAGCUUUUUCACUUGCAAGACACUCACAAAAUUAAGAUUAGAUCAUAUAGCCUACGAUCACGAUGUUUGGGAGAGUGUCCAUCUUCCUUGUCUGAAAACCCUUGACAUUGCUAUAUAUACCAAUCCUCUUGUCAAUGCAUUUAAACUCGUACGUGGCUGCCCAAUACUUGAAAGUUUAUCUUUGGAAGUUCAAUGUUGCAAAGAUGAAGAAGAUUACCUAUUCGAUGUACCUACUUUGAAACGAUUGAAACUAACAUUGUAUUGUUCACAAUCUUUUAACAACAAAGUAGUUUUAAUCGUCCCUAAUCUUGAAUAUCUAUUCGUUGGUGGAAAUUUGUGCUCGCUUUUUGUUAUGGAAGACGUGUCGUCUCUGGUUGAGGCAACUGUAUCGUUUACUAAUCUAAGCAUUGGUUACUUAUGGGUUGAGCUUUUAAAUGGAUUAUACAGAGUUAAAUCACUUUCCGCUCAAGCUGAUGGUUUUCCUUACUUAGGGAACACGUUCUGUUCACCUCUGCCCACUUUUCCGAAUAUGAAGCACUUGGAGUUGAAGGGAUUUUGCCAAUCUGGAUUAAUCUCUAAGUUUCUUGAAAGUUCUCCCGAGUUGAAACAUUUAUGCAUUGAAAAAGUAUAUGAACUGCUUUUACAGGAGCCUGGAUAUACAAGUUGGAUUGAACCGAAGUUGGUCCCUCCAUGUAUGCUAACAAACCUUACAACAAUCAAGUUUUCAAAUUGCAAGGGUCACAAGUGUGAUAUACAGUUUCUUGAAUAUGUGUUGGGGAAUGCAGAGGUUCUGAAGAAGGUAACAAUCAUUUGGGAAAGCAUGAGCUCAGAAUUACAAUUGCCGUUGUGUACACAGUUGCUUAAGGUUUCAAGGGCUUCCCAGGAUUGUGAAAUCUGUUUUCAUGCCAGACCACUUACGUUGAUAAGUUGAUUUACGAUCGGUAAAACGAAUCAUUUUUAAAGGCCUGUACUGAGUCCUUUUAUUUUUGUUACUAUAAACCAUUCAUGUUGAUUUAAGGCUGGUGAAGUUCACUUAACGGUUCUUUGGUCAAACUCAAUUGCAUACUUAGCCUUUUGGCUAAAGUAAAACAGUUAUACUUGCAUA